GUACAAUUGAGAGUCAGAAUUACUGUGGUAUUGACCAACUUGAAAUCAACACAUCAAGCUCCGUUCAAAUCCUCGGCCAAUGGCAGCACGAUCAGUUCAGCGGGGCUACAGCGGCGCUGUCUUUGACCGCCUCAUGUCGUGGAUGGAAGGUCUGCCAACCGAAACAUGCAGCUACACCAUCACACCGGUGAAGAUUCCCCUCGCGGGCGAGGACGAUAUAAAAAUCGCAGCAGACCUCUAUACCCCGCUUCUCAAGGAUAAUGAUGUUCCAAAGGGGACGAUCCUCAUGCAAUGUCCCUACGGCCGCAGCAUCCUUGCUGUAAGCGCCCGCUACUAUGCGCCACGCGGCUACAUCGUGCUGUUCGUUUCCGUCCGCGGCACCUUCGGGUCCAGCGGGCAAUUUGACGCGGGCAGGAUGGAAAUGCAGGACGGGCCACGGGUUGUGGAGUGGAUGCGUCAGCAACCGUGGUACACUGGGAGUUUUGCAACCGUAGGCGCUAGCUACCUCGCUUAUGUGCAGUGGGCUCUGCUAAAUGGCCCCAACGGCCCUCCCGGGGACAUGGCUGCGGCCAUUCCAAGUGUCGGGCCGCACGACUUUUCCAAGCUAUUGUGGGGGACGGGGGCUCUCUGGCUCACCUGUGUGGACUGGGCGCGGAACAUGAGCAUCCAAGAGUCGCGAUCAUUUUUCGGCGAGAUCUACGGUUUGUUAUCGAUGAACCUGAAUACCUUCGUCCACGUCAAGAAGUCUGUCCCGCUUGUCGAAGGUGCAAGAUCCUUCUUCAAGGGCAAGUCUCCCUGGGUUCUGGAAUGGAUCGCCCGCCCGGAUUGGAAGAAUGAUUCUUUCUACGACUCAAUGAAGCAAGCAAAAGCUCUAAGCAACUCAAAGGUUCCAAUCCUUCUCAUUGGUGGCUGGCAGGACGUGUUUUGCGAUGCUGUUAUGGAGCAAUACCAGCUACUUCGAGAGAAUGGUUGCAACGUGGGCUUGACUGUGGGACCUUGGAAUCAUCUUCAGGCGGGAAAUGGAGAGGGCGUGACAAAGCAAUCGCUGGAAUGGCUGGACACGUAUCUUGCUAAACGCCAAUAUGGAGAGAUUCGGCCAGCUCCAGUGAGAGUCAACGUCACAGGAGUCAACGAGUGGAGGUGGUUGCCCAGCUGGCCGCCUGCCACAACAGCCCUUGAAUUGAGCCUCAAUACAAAGGGGAGACUUGUUAAAGAGCAGGUGGAGAAGAAGGACGAGGUCUUCUUCGUGUUCGAUCCCCACAACCCGACGCCAACGAUGGGCGGGCCCCUCUUGUCGCGCGGCGGUGUAGUCGACGACACCGCGCUGGCAAAACGCUCUGACGUCCUCACCUUUACCACAACACCCCUGGAUCAUGGGCUGGAAGUGCUAGGCAAGGCUCACAUUGAGCUUGCGCACAGUAGUGAUAGUGUGCACGUUGACCUUUUCGUCCGUCUCUCCGAGGUUGAUGCUAGGGGUGUCUCGCACAACAUCACCGAGGUGUACAAACGGCUAGACCCCAGCCGCGCUCAUGCCGGUCAGACAGUAAAGGUUGAGCUUGACCUAGUAGAUUGUGCGCACAGGUUCAAAAAGGGGACUUCUAUCAGGAUUAUCAUCGCUGGCGGAAACUUUCCUUUGUAUUCGUUCAACUUGGGCACAGGGCAAGAUCAGGGGACCGGGACCACGAUGAAGCCAGUGACGCACACUUUACACUUGGGCGGCGAAGUUGCAUCAAAGCUGAUACUGCCUGUAUCAUAUCUGGAUUAA